ACUCACCCACACGCUCGCAGCCCAAGCAAGACAAGAACGAAACAUAGUGUUUUGAUUUUUGAAUAAUUGGUUAAUGGCAGUGGAGUAUAAGCUAAUCAUUAUUUUCCAAUGAAGAAAAAGUGAAAUGAAAAGAGAGAAACCAAACCUUAAGCAGAAGAUGUCAUGGUCACCACCAAGAGAAGGAGGAAGAGCACCAACACUAGUAGUGGGGUUCGUUGCGAUUCCCUUAUUGGUGAUUGCAACAGUUACCACAAUAGCAGCAGCAACAACAAAAGCUUCUGAAGACGACGCAGUGCUGUUAUUACGGUUCAAGCAGUUACAUGUUUCCUCCGAUCCCCACAACUUCCUCUCCGACUGGGUUCCACAUGCACAGUCCCCGUGCACCUGGCGCGGUGUCUCCUGCUCGGCUGAGGACCGCCGAGUCAACGCUCUCGACCUCCGAGGCGCGUCCCUCUCCGGCACCCUCCACCUUCCCACUCUCACUUCCCUUCCUUCUCUGCAACUCCUCUUCUUACAUGGCAACUCCUUCACCUCUUUCAACCUCUCAGUUUCACCCUCUUGCGCGCUCCAAACACUAGACCUUUCCUUUAACAACUUCUCUGGCAUGUUCCCCUUCGCUAACCUCACCCCUUGUAACAACCUCGGCCACCUCAACCUUUCUCACAACCUCAUCACCGGUGGGCUUGGGUCUGGGCCUGGUCUCGGACUGGUCCAGCUCGACCUAUCCCGCAACCGUGUUUCAGACGUAAACCUUCUCCAAACCGCUCUUGGAAACUCUCGUUUGGUUCUGCUUAACUUCUCUGACAACAAACUCGCGGGUCAACUCAGGGAAACACUCACUCCGAGUAGCGCGAACCUUUCGACGUUGGAUUUGUCUUGUAACCUUCUAUCGGGGAAGAUACCGCCUCGGCUUGUAAACGACGCGGUUGAGGUCUUGGAUCUCUCGUCAAACAAUUUUUCCGGCGGCUUCUCCGGGAUGGAUUUCGGUGGGUGCCGGAGCCUCGUUCGGUUGAGUUUCUCUAACAAUGUGCUCUCCGAAAACGAGUUUCCGAGCGGGUUGAGGAACUGCAACGUUCUGGAGAUUCUAGAUCUUUCUCGCAAUGAGUUCAAGAUGGAGAUUCCCGGGAAUCUUCUCGGUGGUUUAAGGAGUUUGAAGUCUCUGUUUCUAGCGCAUAAUCGAUUUUCCGGAAAAAUACCUAAAGAACUCGGAAACGCUUGUGAAACUCUGGUGGACAUUGAUCUUUCGGAGAACAAGCUUUCUGGUGAAUUGCCUUUGAGUUUCGAAAAGUGUUUUUCUCUGCAGAGCCUCAACCUGGAGAGGAACUAUCUUUCUGGAAGCUUCCUUGAUUCGGUUGUGAGUGAUCUUGGGAGUCUUAGGUAUCUCAAUGCAGCGUUCAAUAACAUAACAGGGAGUGUUCCCCCGUCUCUUGCUAAUUGCACGCAGCUUUUGGUUCUUGACCUCAGUUCCAACGGGUUCACCGGCAAUGUUCCUUCCGCAUUUUGCCCCUCAGCGUUGGAGAAGAUGAUCCUAGCCGGUAAUUACUUCUCUGGGACGGUGCCAGCGGAGCUUGGUGAGUGUAAGAAUCUGAGGACUAUUGAUUUUAGCUUUAACAGUUUGAACGGUUCUAUACCGUGGGAAAUUUGGGCUUUGCCUAAGCUUUCUGACUUGAUCAUGUGGGCGAAUAACCUCACGGGUGAGAUUCCUGAAGGAAUAUGCGAGAAAGGAGGAAACUUGGAGACAUUGAUUCUUAACAAUAAUUUCAUUUCGGGGUCCAUUCCUCGGUCUAUUGCCAAUUGCACUAACAUGAUUUGGGUGUCUUUGGCGAGCAACCGCAUUAGUGGGGAGAUACCUGCUGGAAUUGGGAAUCUGAAUGCAUUGGCUAUUCUUCAGCUGGGAAACAAUUCGCUGACUGGGAGGAUUCCCCGGGAGAUUGGCCAGUGUAGGAGGUUGAUAUGGUUGGAUUUGAAUAGUAAUAACUUGACUGGGACAAUCCCAUUUGAGCUUGCAAACCAGUCUGGGUUGGUUGUUCCGGGGAGUGUUUCAGGGAAGCAGUUUGCAUUUGUGAGGAAUGAGGGUGGGACUAGUUGCAGGGGAGCAGGGGGGUUGGUUGAGUUUGAGGAUAUCAGGACAGAGAGGCUUGAAGGUUUUCCUAUGGUGCAUUCUUGUCCUUUGACUCGGAUUUACUCUGGUUGGACGGUCUAUACCUUUAGCUCUAAUGGUAGCAUGAUCUACCUUGACCUGUCCUAUAAUUUGUUGUCUGGAAGUAUUCCUGGAAACUUGGGUGCAAUGGCCUAUUUACAGGUCUUGAAUUUGGGACAUAAUAGGCUAACUGGAACAAUUCCAGAUAGUUUUGGUGGUCUAAAAGCUAUAGGAGUGCUUGAUCUCUCCCAUAAUGAACUUCAGGGGUUCAUCCCUGGGGCGUUGGAAGGUCUAUCUUUUCUCAGUGACCUUGAUGUGUCUAAUAAUAACCUUACAGGUUCCAUUCCUUCUGGAGGUCAGCUAACCACUUUCCCUGCAUCCAGAUAUGAAAACAACUCUGCCCUUUGUGGGGUCCCGUUGCCGCCUUGUGGCCCUUCAAAUCACUCAGCAGCUGUUGGUGCUUGGAAGAAGAAGCAACCUGUUGCUGCAGGGGUUGCCAUUGGCCUCCUUGGCUUCCUCUUGUUUGUUCUUGGGGUUUUAUUAGCUUUAUACCGGGUUAGGAAGGCCCAGAGGAAGGAGGAAAAGAGAGAAAAGUAUAUCGAAAGUCUUCCAACUUCUGGUAGUAGCAGUUGGAAACUUUCUAGCUUUCCUGAGCCUCUGAGCAUCAACGUUGCCACCUUUGAGAAACCUCUGCGUAAGUUGACAUUUGCCCAUCUUCUUGAGGCUACUAAUGGUUUCAGUGCUGAGAGUUUGAUAGGGUCUGGAGGGUUUGGUGAAGUCUACAAAGCUAAGCUGAAAGAUGGUUGUGUUGUUGCUAUCAAGAAGCUCAUUCAUGUCACGUGUCAGGGAGAUAGAGAAUUCAUGGCUGAAAUGGAAACUAUUGGGAAGAUCAAGCAUCGAAACCUGGUUCCAUUGCUGGGUUACUGUAAAGUUGGAGAGGAGAGGCUUCUUGUGUAUGAGUACAUGAAAUGGGGGAGCCUGGAGGCUGUUCUGCAUGAUAGGGCCAAAGGAGGAGGAGGUUCAAAGCUUGAUUGGACAGCAAGAAAGAAGAUUGCCGUAGGGUCAGCAAGAGGUCUUGCAUUUCUUCACCAUAGUUGCAUACCUCACAUUAUACACCGGGAUAUGAAGUCCAGCAAUAUUCUUCUUGAUGAAAACUUUGAAGCCAGAGUUUCAGAUUUUGGCAUGGCAAGAUUGGUUAAUGCCCUUGACACUCAUCUAACAGUCAGCACACUUGCAGGGACGCCUGGUUAUGUACCCCCUGAGUACUACCAAAGUUUUAGAUGUACAGCAAAAGGGGAUGUCUAUAGCUAUGGUGUCAUACUGCUAGAGCUUCUAUCAGGGAAGAGGCCAAUUGACUCGUCUGAAUUUGGUGAUGACAGUAAUCUUGUUGGAUGGUCUAAGAAGCUUUACAAAGAGAAAAGGAUUAGCGAAAUACUUGAUCCUGACUUAAUUAUGCAAACAUCUAGUGAAAGUGAACUUUAUCAAUGUUUGAGAAUUGCUUUUGAAUGUCUAGAUGAGAGACCAUACCGGCGGCCAACCAUGAUACAAGUAAUGGCAAUGUUUAAAGAGCUUCAGGCUGACACAGAUAAUGAUAUGCUUGAUAGCUUCUCUCUGAGAGACAAUGUUAUUGAUGAAGCAUGAGAAGAGGGUCUUCACCUUAAGAAUUGAAGCCCUUUGACAGUUGAAAAGGAAAGGGGAAAAAGAAAGGUUCUCAACAUUUAGGGUGUUGCUGGACUAAGUUGACAAAUUUGGUGACAUUGAUCUAUCCUAUCUGAAACUGGAGAAGGGUUCUUUCACAUUUUGCUUGCUGUACAUAUGACACUUAAUGAAACCAAGAGGUCAAAGGAAAUCAUGGACUGAAUGAAAGGUUUAAGUCUUGAGGUUAUAGACAGGUUUUUGUAUGCUUUUUUCUGCUGAUCUAGUGUUCAGUCACUUGAAAUUGGCAGAUAAUUUUUUUUCCCUAUGAACUUCCAUCACUCCAUCGUCAACCUCACUUUGCUGAUGACAAUUUUUUGUUUGCCAUUUCCUUUGGGUUCUGUUGCUAUCACAGUUUUGCUCAUUUUGUGUUUUGGUUCAUAUUGCAACUACCAAUUUUUAUUGUUUAUAGAAAGCUAGAAUUUGUAUUAAGUAUAAAUGAAAUCAGCUAUGGUUUUAACAUUUAUUUGGGCGUACCAUUCCUCACUUACAUGGAUGUAUAAUUGCAUAUUUUCUCUUUUCAGAUUUCUUACUAACUACUCAAAUUUCAAAUAGAAUCUUGGUAACCUUUAAAAGAAAGGCAUAUCACAGGGACAUGAGCCUUAUUCUUAGUUGCAAUUUUCUUUAUAUUUUACUAGAGAGUGAUCUUAAAGCAACAACAAUAACUAUAAAAGCUUUUUUUCCUUUGUAUUUGUUUUUUCCUUUUGGUUAUUGAUGCUUGUUUGAUUGGGGUUAAUAUUGGAUAAAUUUAAGAUAGUAAUUUUUCUUUUUAUUUUGUAUGUUUGAUGAAUUCAUAGGAUAAGGAAUAACGUGUCAGAUAUUAACAUUUUCAUCAUUUGUGGAGGUUAAAUAUCAAGUGAUAAGGUUAACGGGGUUAAUAUCUAUACAAAUAAUAUCCCAAGCCUUAUACUGCACUCUCUCGCAGCUGGUGGAAGCUUCUUUCCAACUACUGCUCAUAUGUUGAUGAGCUUUGGGAAUGCCAGUGCAGUUGCCGUGGCAACUACUUGAAUAGAGAAGCUACCUGCAUUCAUGUGUUACUAUUAUUUAUCCUCUCAUUUUUGUGGCAUUUUAGAAUAUUGCAGCACGUAAAACUGCAUAUGGAAGUUACAUAUUUUAGAGCAAGGUCUUCAUGUGGCUGUCUUUUUUUUUUUUUUACAUACAUCUGUGCCAUAAUAUUUGCAGGUAAUUUCUAGUGUGGUUUAAGUCUGAUGCUUUGAAAUUUCCAAGUAAAUAUCAGGGGUUUUGUUAUGAAAUAGAUGUCUAUUUCUGGACUCAGUCUAUAAGCUUUGAAUCAAAUUUUCACUUGAUAUCCGUAAUACAUAGAGGAUACUUCAAUUGAUGGCAGAGUGGCUUUUUACUUGAUUUUCGGCAGUGAACUUGAUGUUACUUAUUUUUCCCCUGAUACAUUUUUCUCAUUUCCUAACACUGAACUGAUUUUAUUCCCUCUGCGUAGUCUGGGAUUGGUACCCUGCAUAAUUCGUUUUAGUCAAUUUCAUUCUCUUAAUAUAAUGUGAGGUACGUGUAAAAAAAAUCUUUAGCAUGUUUGGAUUUUACAUUUAUUUUUAAUUAUAACUUCUGCACUUACAAGCUUUUUAACAUGAUUUCAAAUACAUAUUUUAUUCUGAUUAUGCAUCAAAUCUUCGAAUUUGGCAAUCUGUCUUUGCAGUUUACUCUGUUCAGAGAAGGUAAUUGAAUCCGCCACUUUACCUUAUUCUCAUCCUAGUAAGAAAUGUUAUCACUUUCACGAUAUGUGAGUACGAAUAGUCAAGAGAAAUAUUCUGAAAUUUAAUUCAUAUUUAGCUGCUUGUGUUUUUAAGUUCGAAAGAAAGGAAAUGUCAAAUAUUCUAGCUUUAAAAAAUUUUCAUUUGGGUCUGUUAAAACUUUUAGAAAAUGCAAGAUGGUCCUCAAAGUUCCAACGUGUGAGAUUAUGUUCAUCGCUGCUGUCAUCUGUCCAAAAUUUGAUCUACUUUGUCACUUAAAGUGACGUGUUUGGUCAGGAUUUCUUGUUUGUCAGUAGUGUGAUAACUUUCGUCAAAUGAAUGAACGUCAUUUGGCAAUACUGUUUCGCAUACGUUAAGAUGACAGAACCAAUAUUGUACGUCUUGAUGUUUAAGGACGAAAUUUCGUAUCAUGCAAUGUUGAAUGGUAUAAAUUGAACUUUCUCUUAAAUCAAAGAGCAUCAUUAUAUCAAGUAGAAGCAUCUACUCUAAAUCUUGUCAAGACAACUCACAAAGUUCCGCUCCUGGCAUUACCAAUCUUGGUUAAUAAGUAAAAAGGAUAUAUAGGACUGAGUUUGUAUAUAUACAUCAUUUCGACAAAAGGUUUAGAUAAUUUGUUAUGUCAAUAUUGUUGUUUUAAGUCAAUUAAGUCUUUCUACUUUUAAAAUUAUACAACCUUAAUGUCUUUGUCAAUCUCAUCUACCUCUUUUAAACUUUUUUUUUUUCAAAAUACACAAUUCCAAAAAUUAA